UCCCUCAAAAGCUAUAGUUUCCUUAUAAAUGAUGUAACACGUCUCUAUCUUUUCGUUCGCCUUUCACGUUAUAUUAAAAGCUACUUCAAGUGUUCCAUGACUUCCAUCCCUCGAUAUUAUUUAUGUUAGAAGAGGCCAUUUAGUCAUUUAACUUUUCACAUUCGCUAUCAAUUGUAAUGGCUACCGAGAGAACUCUCAAGCCAUCCAAGUGGUUCUCGAACAAGAGUCUCAAGCUUAGUCUUCAUCGCCGAAGAUCAUCAAGAUCCUCCAACUCAUUAUCAUCGAGUUCUCCAAGAUCCCCCAUGUCAGUAUGCACAACCCCCAAGAAUGGAGAGAAUGGCCUCAUGGAAGCUUUUCGCCACUUUGAUGGUGAUGGAGAUGGCAAAAUCUCAGCCUAUGAACUAAGGUCAUAUUUUGGGUCCAUUGGAGAGCACAUGUCUCAUGAAGAGGCUGAAGGGGUGAUCCAUGACCUAGAUUCCGAUGGGGACAACUUGUUGGACUUCAAGGAUUUCAUGAAGCUGAUGAAGAAGGAUGGUGGUGGUGAUGAUGAGGGGGAUCUAAGAAAGGCUUUUGAGAUGUUUGUGUGGGAGAAAGAAGGGUGUGAUUGUAUCACCCCAAAAGGGUUGCAAAGGAUGUUGCACCGCCUCGGAGAUGAUAAGUCCUAUGAUGAGUGUGUGGCCAUGAUUGAUGCCUUUGACAUUGAUCACAACGGGGUCCUUGAUUUUGAUGAGUUUUACCAAAUGAUGGCCUAAUCAAUCAACAAUCUGUUGAUUCAUAUCUAGUAUGCAUGUUUUUUUUUAUGUAUAUGGUUCUUGUUCAAUCCAAAACAGGAUCAGCAAUUGCAAAGUUGCGGGGUUUUAAUGGAUAUGCUUCAAUACUUGAACUUUUAUGUAAAUAUGUAGAGGUGACCUGUUAUAUUUUCAAAUAAAACAAUGUUUAUUGAGAUUUCUUAAAUGCGUUUAA